UUGGGACUUCUGUUAAAUAUUUCCAGAACGGCGUGACAGAAUCUCAGAUCUAAGCUAACUGAAAAUGGCAACUCUAACGGAAGAUCAAAUCUCUGAGCAUAAGGAGGCGUUUAUGCUUUUCGAUCGCCGAGGAGAUGGCAAAAUCGAUUCGGCACAAUUGGGUGAAGUACUCCGUUCUCUUGGACUCAACCCAACACAAGCUGAGGUCCACAAGGCGUUAAACGAGGUCGAUCCUUCUGGUUCUAAACGUAUCUCAUUCGAGGAAUUCUUGCCAAUCUUCCACUCCUUUGGUCAAAGGAAGGCCAGUAAAAGUACAAAUGAAGGUUUUGUGGAUGGCUUGAGAGUCUUUGAUAGAGAAGGAAAUGGCCAGGUGUCUGCCGCAGAGCUGCGUCAUGUGCUGACAGGAUUAGGUGAAAAAAUGACUGAAGAGGAGGUAGACUUACUCCUUAGUGGACUGGAGGACAAUCAAGGCCAAAUCAAUUAUGAAGAAUUUGUGAAGACAGUCAUGUCUGGAUGAUCACUAUCCACCCCAUUUUUUACAUACAGAGCUCUUUAUCUACUGUGAUUAAAUGAGAUAACAAUACAGAAGAUUAAUUUAUCAUUGUUAGGAUGAUUUCAUAUCAUGAGGGAUAUACAACUACAGUGAUUUACAAAGUAUAAUCUAUAUAAAUAUUUUCUUAUAGAUAGUUUUGUAGAAAAUAAAAUCAAAUAGCAGAACUGGGAUCUAG